UCUGCGCAUUAUGCUCUGGGUGGAGUCAGUGUAGCGCAUCUUUUUACUAAAGUUAGAAUCAGUUCACAGCUCUAUUCACAGAGAACCGCAGGAUGAGUGCAACAAACUGUUCAGAGCUGGAUCUGGAGCUGGGAGACUUGCUGCAGGAGUUUAAUGAUGUAGUGAAGGAGCUGAGCACACCCCAGACCUCUGAACAUGUGCUGAGAGAUGUGAAGAGACACACAGCACUGACUGAAGGAGACGAUUCAGACUACUGUAGCGAGGCUUCGCUGGUAAACAGCUUGAAUGCCAGUCAAGAGGAGCUCAACAUCCCAAGCAUAACCGCAGCCCCAAAAGCCAGGCUCGGGGACACCAGUGACCUACAGAGCUUCAUUGAAAACCUGGAUAGAGAGCUUGCAGAGAUGUGAGAUGACGGGACGCACGUGAUCAGGGAGGACUGAGCACCUGAAGAGCUGCCAUUUAGCAAACCGUAAUCUCUGCGUCCACACAUAGAAAUUAUGCUGAAGAAAAUCACAGCUUGAAGGCUUCACCCCCCCCCCUUCACUAAGAAAAAAGAGCUCACAAAUUCAUCAAGAAGACAAGAAGAACUACUGUUUGGAAGAACCACCAAGUUUCUCAAAAGAAGUUUUAUUUAAAAAAAUACUUACAACAUUUAUAUGAAAAGCACAAUUCCUUGUAAGUUGUAAAGAUUUAUUGUUAAUAGCUAUUUUCACUUUUUUUAUAUAAGAAUGUAAAAAUAUCAGUGCUGCCAGGUUCAACAUAAUGUGUAAUAUUAAUUUCACCUUGUAAAGAUUUUUUAAUAAUAAAGGUUUUUGCAUUAAACGUA